UAAUGCCUACAGGCAACAUCGUAAACAACGUGCUGUUCGUGCGGCAGAAAUCAUCUUUCUUUCGUUUUUAUCUUCACUCAUUCUCCUACUAUCGUCUAUAUAUGAAAUUAAAAAAGAAAAGCUUUGAUUGUAACCGACCUUCAUGUACAAAAUAGCAGAGGUACCGUAACUUUAGCGGUGGCUUUAGCUCAGAUUCAUUGAAAGAUAGAGGCAAAAGCACAGGGAUUGGUCCUUUUAAUCUCUUCUUUCUAGAGGACAGCGAAAUUAUGAGAUCCACACCUUUCCCGUAUGUAACACGAAUAAUAUUUCAUCAAAAAGGUGUUACACGUACAUAAAGGUGUUUCAUUUAAACUAUGGGUCGUUUACUUGCUUGCCCGUUGACUUACGGUUAAAUAAUCGAAAAAUUCAUUUUAAAUUCUCUUAUUGUUUUUAAAAUGCUUAAAAUUAACUUUCACAAUUGAUAUUAACAAAAUUAUUCAAAUAUUAUUUUUAUAUUCUGUAUUUAGAAGCAUGCAUUUUAAUAAAAAAAUUAUUAUUAUGACUGACGAUGACACGUCCUACUUACGUUAAACGGUUGCAAAUUGAUUAUUAAAAUUAAUUUUAGUUAAAUUUAAAUUCAACAUACUUUCUGAUCAGGAUGUGACAACAUAGCUACGUCAAACAAAAACACAACAAACUUAAUCCAUGUUCAUUUUUAUCAAAUGUCAUCAAGGCCUAUAAGAAACCAGUGGACUUCCCUCCUCGCUUUCUAUAGAAUAUCUACUGGUGUCUAUGCAUAGGUAUUAACAGUAGGAGACUACUUCGUCGAGGUUAUGUCCAAAUUAGCCACCCUUUAUGAAGAAAAGAGCAAGUUUGGCUACGUUUUCCCCAAAACGUUCAAGCAGGUAUGGUGUUAGAUCCAUUAGUUUACCAACUAGCUCGCAUCCAAGCACUGUUAGAAUUGAAGAAGAGCUGAGCAAGUUUAUAUCAUGGGAGGCAUCAUUAAUAUCAAAAGUGGAAACAAUUUGCUUUGGUCUAUCUGGCCUAGCAAAUUUGUACAAAUGCAUAGAAGAUCUUCUAAAAUUGCCAUUGACCCAACAAGCCCUAGGCCAGCACCAGAAUGAGAAAUGGGUCAAUGAGCUAUUAGAUUGUCCAGUGAGAUUUUUGGACCCAUUAGCCAAAACAAGAGAUUCCAUUUUGUCAAUGAAAGGAAGUGUUGAAGAACUUCAGUCAGCACUUAGAAGGAGGAAGGUUGGAGACUUAAACAUGGAAAGUCUUCUUUCUACAUAUUGGACCCUUAGAAGGAACAUGAGGAAAGAAUGCACAAAAUCUCUUCUUUUAUUGAAGCAAAUAGAUGAGUCAUUUGGGGCCCCUACAGUGUUGGAUCUUAAUGACCACCUCUAUGCAGUGGUAAGAGUGCUUAGAGAAACUAGUUUGAUCGCCAGCUCCAUCUUUCAGUCACUUCUUGUGUUCCUUUCUUCACCAAUCUUGAAAUCGAAGCCUAAUAAGUGGGAAUUUGUCUCAAGAUUGAUGCAGAGAGGGGUGUUUGCUUGCAAUAAUCAACAGAAAAAUAUAAAUGAAUUGGAAAAGGUGGACUUAGCACUUAGCAGCUUGAUUAUGGACCAUAUGAGCAAAGAUGCUGAAGCUGAGAAGAUUCAAUCAGCACAUGAAAGGUUAGAAACUUUGUUGGUAAGCAUUGAAGAGAUUGAGAACAGAUUGGAAUGCUUGUUUAGGCGCCUUAUUAAUACUAGAGUGUCUUUUUUGAAUAUAUUUUCUCCUUAAGGUAAGUAAAAUAUGAUAGACUUGAAUAAUUAAGAACUAAAGUGCAAUAAGGCCUUGUGCAUAUCACAGUUUCUAACAUUUUCCAAAUGUACAAACAGAGUUGUUAUAUAUAUGUAAUUCCUAUUUCCUACAUGUUUGUUCUUCAUUGAACUUCUAUAUCUUUCCAAAUUUUCCCCCUUUUACCAGAAUACUCAUCGUCUGUUAUUUUCAGAAAAUAGAAAAUUUCAAGUCUCUUUCAGUAGUGACCUCAAAUUUUGUCAUUUCUACAAAGCAAUGACAUUAAACACAUUGACGAUUGAAUUGGAUAAUUUAAUCCAUAGUUUAAAUAAUGUUUCAGAAUGUCACUGGGCAUAUAGCUCGUGACUGGGGCAGGCGGGAAUUAAGGUAGAGAUAGCAUAUUUAAAUUGUUGUAAUUCUGUGUACAUUUUGUGAACGUUUAUCGAAGUAUACAAAAUAAAAAUAAUAAAUAAUAAUUCUUAUUAAAGAUUAUAAUAUUCAACAUUAUUAAAUAUUGAUGCGUUAAGAAAAAUAUUAUUCUUAUUCUUAAAAUAGCCACAAUUCGACUAUUAUUUAAAGUCCUCCUGCAAAUAAAGAGCCACCGUGGCGUCUUAUUUUGCUCCCAAUUUUGUUCUUGUUUUUAUCGAUCAUUGGAUACCGACCCCACCCACCCUAAAAAAAGCCAGAACAACGGUGUCAUUAUCAUUUCCCAGUGCUCAUCAGUCACAGAACGUAAAUUGCUAAGUGCAAAUAUAUCAGUUCUUUAUAAUACUUUUUAUUAUAUUACUUUUUAAUCUUUUUAUUACAAUAUCUUUUCAUGUAUUUUCUUUUCUUACUUUUUAUUGUAAAAAAUUGUAAAAAUUUAUUAUAUAAAUGCAAUUUCUCAAAAUCUAUAGUGCAUGGUUUAAGCGGGUAACUUAGAUGAGUGCGACAUGACUCUAUAGUUCGGUGAAGUAACAUUAUUGGUAAUGGUUACCUAACCAUAAAUGAUUUUAGGGUGGGUGUGAUAAUUUGCAAAACACUGCCGCUGAUUCCCAAGUGGCAACUUGCACGAGCAUGAACUGCAUGACACAAAAUUAUUAGUAAUGAAGUUGGUGACAAGAGGAAUGAUGCACUUAUGAGUAUAGAAUUUUUAAUUUAUUCCGUUGGUUGUAAUAAGUGGAAUUAGGGUCCUGUUAGUUUCUUUAUUAUUUUGAGAAAAAUAGUUAGGUAUUAGUUGCCAAAAUUGUUGGACAGGCUUCUAAAAAUAGAAGUUAGUGGUUAUUUGGGAGGGGGAGGGGGCAAACACAGUUGUAUUAGAAUCAAGGGUUAUAAAUAAACACUUGUAUAAAUUUG